AUGGAGUUGGAUUAUGGCUUGGACUUCGAGGACUACUUCCCAUCCAUGAUCUCAAGCUUAGGCGCAGAAGGGUUUAUAGGCGAACUCUGCCACGGGUUUCGCCUGCUCAUGGACGAGAACAAGGGCCUUAUCACGUUCGAGAGCUUGAAGGUGAACUGUUUCUUGCUGGGUUUGGAGGUGAGGUACGACGAGCUCUUGUGCAUGCUAAUGGAAGGUGAUUUGGAUGGAGAUGGUGCUCUCAGCCAAAUGGAGUUCUGCAUUCUCAUGUUUAGGUUGAGUCCUUGUUUGAUGGACGGACCAAAAAUGCGCACUCAAGGCUUGGUCCUUACUUUACAAUUGUUGGAUCCAAAUGUAGAUCACAAAUUAUGUGUGAAACACCUAUAUGAAAACUGGAAGGAGAAGUAUCCUGGGGAGUUUGUGAAAGGGUCUCUGCGGGUUGUUGCAAGAGCAAGCACAAUGCUAGCAUAUGUGAAGGCCAUGGAGAAUUUGAAGAAGUUGAAUGAGGAAGCUUGGAGAUACAUAAGUGGGACACUUUUAAGGAAUGUAAUAGGGAAACCUACAACACCUCUCCCCAUUGUGAUCUACCAGUCAAUAACAUGA